AUUGACCGUCUCGAAAACAUGUCAUGAGUGGCUUUAGUGCGACUUUUGUGAUAUUUUCAGCGCCUCCGCUUAAAAUACUGGGCGCAUGUAGAUUUAAGUAGUAAGCAGCACAUGAUCGCCAUGGGUAGUGACCAACACUUUUGCCUGCGGUGGAACAACUUUCACAGCAACAUAGCCACGUCGUUUGAGCACCUCCGAGACCAUGAGGACUUUGUGGACGUGACGCUGGCAUGCGAGGGGCGCAGUCUGAAGGCUCACAAGGUGGUCCUCUCGGCCUGCUCACCCUACUUCAGAAAUUUGCUCAAGCAAAAUCCUUGCCAGCACCCAAUAAUAAUCUUGCGAGAUGUGGCAUUUGUGGACAUGUCUGCACUUCUCAGUUUUGUGUAUCAAGGGGAGGUUUAUGUAUCUCAGGACAGACUCACAACUUUCUUACGCACAGCUGAGAUGCUUCACAUAAAGGGACUGACGGAACAGAAUCAACAGCAAUCUCAUUUAGCAGCACAUCAACUUCAAAGAGAUCAGGGAGGGUUAGUAAACAAGGUGGUGAGCAGCCUAGGUUCUAUAGCAGUUCAAGGUCCGUCCUCACCACGCUUGAGAUCUACACCUUCGCCAACCAGUCAUGUAUUACAGCAACCGUCCCAUAUCUCACCACCACCUAAGAAACGGCGCCCAGCCAGCAGUCCCACCCUCAACUUGCCACUAUCCACCGCAGCACCUUCUACUCCACCCCGCUCAGAUGUACCUCCAGCCCGAAUAGAGCUUAGCCCUCACCUGGAAGGCUCAACCUUGGCAGCAGCCCUCACAAAACCACUUAAUGCUACCAGCCAACGAGGAGAUAGUACCCCACGGGGUUCACAGCCUCCACCCUCUGCACAGUUACCCCCUCCCCCUCUGUUACCAGCACCCUUACCCGCUCCAGAUGUGCCAAAGGUAAAGCAGGAGGAUGAGGGAGAGGGGACAGGGGGAGAAGAAGAUGGUGUAGGACCAGACCAGGCUGUGAACCUUGUGACAGAAGGGUCAAUUUUGAGGCAACGCAUCCAGGGUUAUCAGGGUAGCAGUGAGACACCCUCAGCUCUGCCCCCCCCUGCCACCACCAGCAGUAGUACACGGCCAUCACAAGCACUCAUCCACCCACAUACCCUUAAAGAUGACUCACAGAGUGAUGAUACAAACCUGGGGGAUGUGGGGGUAGAGAUGGGAGAUAGCGGGAGUGGGGAGAAGGAGGCUCUAGCAAGUCCACCACCCAUGGUGAUCAGACCACCACUCAUGGGCCUUCUACCCAGGGAAGCUGCAGGGUUAUACACGGGUCCAGGAACGUCAGGGUCUUUAAGUCAACAUGACUCUUCUCAAGACGCUGAAUAUCUGGUGCGGACAUGCGUUCCCAAGCUUUGGAACAGCCGUCAGCCAGGCAUCUGUCCCAUAUGUAACCGCGUCUUCAGCAACAAAUUCAAUCUGAAACAGCACAUUAUCAAUAUUCACACCAAGGGCGAGGGGGUGGAGUGCGACUUGUGCCACAAAAAAUGCAAAAACAAGUGGUACUUGCGUCGCCAUCAGGUGACUCAUCAUGGGGCGCCUCUUAAACGAAACCGCAACUACACCAUGGAGCAGUACGUCAAUGAUGAAAAUGAUCAGGGAACCAAGGACACUACGUCCGAGUAAGAACCCCACCUGAUCUCUGUGUGUGUUAGACUGCAGGAGGAUUCAGGCCCUACUGCUCUAACUCGGCAGAAACAUAUCAAGAAGUGUAUCUUGGUUGGCUAUUUUGAAGCAUUUAAUCCAAAGUUGUUAUGUCUGUUGAGUAACAGAUUGUUCAAGGGUAAUGUUUUCACCCUGACACGGCUUAUAAAUAGCUGGACCAAGUACACAACCCCCAAAGAGGCUGAUCAUUUGUAACUUAGAUUUUCAGCUAUUUUAAGCUGACCAAGUCUUUGCAAUGCCCUCAGUUUUCAUUCUCAGGCAUAAAGUAAUAACAUAAGUGCUCAACUUUACAGUAUAUAUAGUUAGAAAGGUACAUAAGUGUCACAGCUUUGGAUGGCAUACAAGGAGAAUAGCCCAUAUGAGUAUUGAGUAUUGGUAAUGUGUUGGUUCAUGGUGAGUGGAUGGUUGGUGUUUCCAGUGUGUCUGUAAUGAAUAUGUGGACCUUUUACCACUUCUUAGACUAAUUAACUAAGUUGUUAGGGAAUCAGUGCAGCUCCUUUGUCAGUAGAAAAGCUACAGGAAGCAAGCUGCAUUUGAUUACCUUGAAACAGAUGCUUUACAAUGAACCUCUUUUAUUUUCUCGAAACCAGUGUAACUGGGAAGAAUUUUGUACCCCUGUAUUUCCUCUUGUACCUAAUUUGUGCCAAAAAGAAAAUUAACUUUCUUCUCUUCCAUUAGCUAAUGAUCAGGAAAUAAGUAACACUUAUCAAUAUUUGGAAGCAUUGGGCAAUCAGUAUCUUUUACUUCCAAGAAAUUUGUGCAAGUUUGAGAUGAUGUGAUGUCAGGGACACCUGCUUUUUGAGACUUAGAUUAUGCAGACUCCUAAAGUGUACAAACAAAGUAGAAAAUCACAUUAUCUCCAGUGCAAAGAUUCUGUGCCACUUAAUUCAUAACU